GAAGAGAGACAUGUUUCUGUAUUAUCUGAUAGACAAAGUAUAUAUUUUAUUCCUCUCUACUCCCAUCAAGAAGCAAACUAUUGCCUAGAAUUUCCACUGGAUCAAACAUCCAGAUCAUCUAAAGGGAUUUUUUUCUGAAAUAAUUCAUAUAGAGGUUCUGAAAAUGGCUGAAAUGAAAAUCCAUCAAGCACCAACAUGCAAGGGAAUCAGAUGGCAAGUAACAUUAUUAUUCUUAUUCUCAUGGUUUUGUCAUUCAGUCUCUCUUCAGCUUCAUUAUACCAUUGUUGAAGAACUAAGAAAAAACUCUGUAAUAGCAAAUAUUGCAACUGAUCUUGGAUUAGAUGUUAAGGAUCUUAUGCCUAGAAGAUUUCGCAUUGUUUCUCGGGUUUCAGAAAAAUAUUUUUCUGUAAAUUUAGUAAAUGGUAAUGUGUAUGUCAAAGAGAGAAUAGAUAGAGAAAAAAUUUGCAAGGCAACAGCUAUCUGCAUCUUAACCUUUGAUGCAGUUGUUGAAAACCCAUUGAAUGUAUUCAGUGUCAAAAUUGAAAUUCAGGAUAUAAAUGAUAAUCCUCCAAUGUUUUUUCAUGACACCAUAACUUUAGAAAUUAUUGAAUCAACAACACCAGGAACUCAUUUGGUCUUACAAAAUGCAGAAGAUCCAGAUAUUGGCAUUAAUGCUGUACAAACAUACAAGCUCAGUGACAAUUCAUAUUUUGCAUUGAAUGAAAAGACCAGCAGUGAUGGCAGUAAAAUUCCUGAACUUGUAUUAAUAAAAUCUCUAGAUCGUGAAACACAGACCAUUCAUGAAUUAAUCUUAACUGCCUUUGAUGGGGGAAACCCAGUAAAAACUGGCACUGCUAUAAUAAGGGUUAUUGUUACUGAUGUCAAUGACAAUAUGCCAGUUUUUACUGAAGAGUUAUAUAAAGUGAGUAUAAGUGAAAACACUCCAAUCAACUCUACAGUACUUGCUGUAAAUGCAACUGACGAUGAUGAAGGUACAAAUGCACAAAUUUCGUAUUCCUUCAGCAAAACAUCAGAAAACAGCCUUCACACAAGUAUGUUUAGUAUUCAUACUAUUAAUGGAGAAAUUAGAACAAAAAGCAAUUUGGAUUUUGAGAUCUCUGAAAAUUUUGAAAUAUCAGUACAAGCUAAAGAUGGAGGUGGCUACGUGGCCCACUGCAAAGUUUUAAUACAUAUUAUUGAUGAAAAUGACAAUGCACCUGAGAUAUCCAUUACUUCAUUAUCUAGUCCUAUUCUGGAAAAUUCUACACUUGGCACUGUAAUAGCCCUGGUUGAAGUUCACGAUCAGGAUUCAGGAGAAAAUGGAGAAGUUGACUGUCAGAUUAUGGGGAGUGUGCCUUUCCAGUUAGUUUCUUCUACCAGUAGAUACUACAGAAUUAUUUCUAGUAGUGUCUUGGACAGAGAGAAAGUAUCAUGGUACAAUAUCACAAUUCUAGCAAAUGACAGAGGAAGUCCUCAAAUGCAUAGUAGAAAAGUAAUCAGACUUGAUAUAUCAGAUGUUAAUGACAAUCCACCUUUAUUUUUGAAAUCAACAUAUGUUGCUUAUUUGCCGGAGAACAACAUUCCAGGAGCCUCAAUAUACAAAAUACAAGCAUCAGAUCUUGAUCUUGGAGAUAAUGCCAAAGUGAUUUAUUCUAUUUCCAAUUCAAAUACAGAAGACUUUCCAGUUUCAUCCUUCUUCUCCAUUAAUAUAGAAACUGGAGUUCUCUAUUCCCAGAGGUCAUUUGAUUACGAGCAACAUAAAGUGUUUCAAAUGGAAAUAAUGGCAAGAGAUGGUGGAUCACCAACUUUGACUAAUAAUGCAACAUUAUUUAUCUACAUAACAGAUCAGAAUGAUAAUGCACCAAAAAUUUUAUAUCCACCAUCAGAAAGUAGUGUUUCAGCAGUGUUUGAGACAGUUCCAUUUGCAUCUGAACCUGGAUUAUUGAUCACCAAAGUGGUGGCAGUGGAUGCAGACUCUGGACACAACUCUUUGCUUUCUUAUCAUUUUGUACAAAUAUCAGAACAAUUUCCCUUUAACAUUAAUGAGCAUACGGGUGAAAUACGGGUAUUGCGUGCCAUUCAAGAGAAAGAUAUUUUGAGGCACAAAGCAGUGGUUAUGGUAAAGGACAAUGGAGAUCCACAUCUCUCAGUAACAGUCACUUUAAGCCUUGUUAUUGGAGACCAUUUUCAACAGAUAGUUCCCAAACUCAAUAAUCAGUUCAGUGACGGAGAACCUCCUUCUAAAAUGCAAAUGUACUUGGUAAUUUCACUUGCUCUGAUUUCCUUGCUGUUUAUUUUAACUGUUGUAUUAGUGAUUUUAUCAAAGUGUAAAGAACCAAAACCUCCAUCAGACUUUGGGGCAAUAAGCAAAAAUCUUUAUUCUCAAGUUGAUCCUAUGAUACUUUCUAAAUUUCAAAAUGGCACUUUGACUCUUCCCUACUCUUACAAUGUUUGUGUUGCUUUGGAUUCAUCAGAAAGUGACUUUACUUUAAUGAAAGUGAAUCAAAAUAUUCCCAUAGACAGUCUUAUCGACACUGAUGAUUCCGGAUUUGUGAGUGGAGAUAUAAAAGAUACUUUAUCUCCUAGCACUUCUUUGCAGAUGAUGUUUGAUGAUAUUUUAUAA